AUGAGCAACUCGGCUUUCCCGUACUCGAGCGCGCCUCUGCGCACGAUUAAAGAGGUCCAGUUUGGCUUGCUGAGCCCUGAGGAAAUCAAGGCUAUUUCGGUGGCCAAAAUCGAGUACCCCGAGACCAUGGAUGAAACCAAGAUGCGUCCUCGCAUCGGAGGUCUCAACGACCCGCGUCUCGGUUCGAUUGACCGUAACUUCAAGUGUCAGACAUGCGGUGAAGGCAUGGCGGAUUGCCCGGGCCACUUUGGCCACAUCGAGCUCUCCAAACCAGUGUUCCACAUCGGAUAUAUCACAAAAAUCAAAAAAAUCCUAGAAGCAGUCUGUGUGCACUGUGGUAAACUCAAGCUCGACGAGUCCAAUCCACUGUUCGCCCAGGCCAUCAAAAUCCGCGAUUCAAAACGCCGUUUCAAUGCUGUUUGGUCUCUUUGUAAAACCAAAAUGGUUUGUGAGGCAGACACUGUUGACGACGGUGCAUUUGGUAGCGACAAAAAGACUCAAAAAUACCAUGGCGGAUGCGGCAACGCCCAACCGACCAUUCGACGCGAUGGUUUACGUUUGGUAGGCCAGUGGAAACGCGAUAAGCAAAGUGAGCUUGACCAGCCUGAGCGCCGUUAUCUCUCGCCUUCUGAAGUCCUAAACGUCUUCAAACACAUUCCUGACACCGAUGUUCGCAAUCUUGGUCUAAGUGUCGACCAGGCAAGACCAGAGUGGCUCCUAAUCACAAUUUUGCCUGUGCCUCCGCCCCCCGUGCGCCCAAGUAUUGCUAUUAAUGAUUCUGCUCGUGGUGAGGAUGAUUUGACAUACAAGUUGGCUGAUAUUCUCAAGGCCAAUGCUAACGUUCAACGUUGUGACCAAGACGGUGCUCCGGCCCAUGUGAUUAACGAGUUCGAGAUGCUUUUGCAGUACCAUGUGGCGACAUACAUGGAUAAUAACAUUGCUGGACAGCCACAAGCACUUCAAAAGAGUGGCCGCCCGGUCAAGUCUAUUCGUGCCCGUUUGAAAGGUAAGGAAGGCCGCAUCCGUGGCAAUUUGAUGGGCAAACGUGUAAACUUUUCUGCUCGUACGGUUAUCACGGGUGACCCUAAUUUGGAACUUGAUCAGGUCGGUGUCCCCCGCUCUAUUGCCCGUACACUCACUUAUCCCGAAGCGGUUACUCCCUACAAUAUCCAACGCUUGACAAAAUACGUUCGAAAUGGACCAAAUGAGCACCCCGGUGCCAAGUAUAUUAUCCGUGACACCGGAGAACGCAUUGAUUUGAGAUACCAUAAGCGUGUUGGUGAUAUUGCUCUGCAGUACGGAUGGCGCGUCGAGCGUCACCUGAUGGACGACGAUCCUGUGCUAUUCAAUCGUCAACCUUCUCUGCACAAAAUGUCUAUGAUGGCGCAUCGAGUUAAGGUUAUGCCUUACUCGACAUUCCGCCUCAACCUUUCCGUCACAUCACCCUAUAAUGCUGAUUUCGAUGGUGACGAAAUGAAUUUGCACGUCCCCCAGUCUGAAGAGACGAGGGCAGAACUUAGCCAGCUUUGUGCUGUUCCUUUACAGAUUGUUUCUCCCCAAAGUAACAAACCUGUCAUGGGUAUUGUACAGGACACUUUGCUGGGUAUUCGUAAAAUGACAGUUCGUGACACAUUCCUCGAUUAUCAGCAGGUUAUGAAUAUUCUGUUUUGGGUUCCCAACUGGGAUGGUGUUGUUCCACAGCCGGCAGUUCUAAAACCCAAGCCGCUUUGGACCGGAAAACAGUUAGUCUCUAUGUCAAUUCCCGCAGGUAUUUUCUUGCAGCGCUUUGAUGAGAAUAAUCCCGUUACUUCUCCCAAAGAUAAUGGUAUGCUCGUUUACAAGGGUGAAAUCAUGUAUGGUGUGGUUGACAAAAAGACAGUUGGUGCGACUGCAGGUGGUUUGAUCCAUACAAUUUUCCGUGAAAAGGGUCCCUAUGUCUGUUCACAGUUUGUUGGUUCCGUGCAAAAGAUUGUCAAUUACUGGUUGCUGCACAACGGUUUCUCCAUUGGUAUUGGUGAUACAAUUGCCGAUGGCGACACCAUGCGUAACAUUACACAGACCAUCGCUGAUGCUAAGAAGAAGGUUCAGGAGAUCAUUUUGGACGCUCAAGCAAACAAAUUGAACCCUGAACCUGGUAUGACGUUGCGUGAGUCCUUUGAGCACAAUGUUUCCCGAGUUCUGAAUCAGGCUCGUGAUACUGCCGGUCGUGAGGCAGAGUUGUCACUCAAAGAUAUCAACAACGUCAAGCAAAUGGUUGUUGCCGGAUCGAAAGGUUCGUUUAUUAACAUUUCGCAGAUGUCCGCGUGUGUCGGUCAGCAGAUUGUUGAGGGUAAGCGUAUUCCCUUUGGCUUUGUUGAUCGCUCUUUGCCCCAUUUUACGCGUGAUGAUUACUCUCCAGAGUCCAAAGGUUUCAUUGAAAACUCAUAUCUUCGAGGUCUUACCCCACAGGAAUUCUUUUUCCAUGCCAUGGCUGGUCGUGAAGGUUUGAUCGAUACUGCAGUGAAAACUGCUGAGACAGGGUAUAUUCAGCGCCGUUUGGUCAAGGCCUUGGAGGACAUCAUGGUGCAGUAUGAUGGUACUGCUCGUAACUCACUGGGUGAUGUGAUCCAGUUUAUUUAUGGUGAAGAUGGCUUGGAUGGUACUCAAGUUGAGAAGCAGACUGUCGAUACAAUUCCUGGCAGUGAUGAAGCAUUUGCUAAGCGCUAUCGUAUUGAUUUGAUGAAGCAGUCGACCCCUCUUGCUAUUGAAAGUGCAAACGAUAUUGUUGGUGACCUUGACACGCAAAAGCUUUUGGACCGCGAAUGGGAACAAUUGUUGUCUGAUCGUGACUUUUUGCGUACAACUGUGUUCGAUAAUGGCGAGUUCAACUGGCCUUUGCCUGUGAAUAUUCGUCGUGUUAUCCAGAAUGCUCAGCAAAUUUUCAAUAUUGAUCAUCAAAGAGUCUCUGAUCUCACAGUCCCAGAAAUCGUUGAGGGUGUGGAAGAGCUCUGUCGUCAGCUGAUUGUUAUCCGCGGUAAUUCCGAGAUCUUGAUUGAGGCACAACAGAACGCAUCAUACCUUAUUCAGUGUCUUGUGCGGUCGCGUUUGGCUACUUUACGUAUUGUCAAUGAGUACCAUCUCAAUAAGGUUGCCUUUGAAUGGGUUCUGGCAGAGAUUUCUGCCCAGUUCGCUCGCUCUCUUGCCCACCCUGGUGAGAUGGUUGGUGUUAUUGCUGCUCAGUCUAUCGGUGAGCCUGCCACUCAGAUGACACUCAACACAUUCCACUAUGCUGGUGUGUCUUCUAAGAACGUUACGCUUGGUGUUCCUCGUCUGAAGGAAAUUUUGAACGUUGCCAAGAACAUCAAGACACCCGCAUUGACUGUUUACUUGAAGAAUGAUGUUAGAAAUGACAUCGAACGGGCCAAGGUUGUUCAGUCUGCCAUUGAGCACACGUCUCUCAAGAAUGUCACUGCCGCGACGGAGAUUUAUUACGAUCCCGAUCCUCGUACUACUGUCAUUGCCGAGGAUCUCGACACAGUUGAGGCUUACUUUAGUAUUCCGGAUGAACAAGUCGAGUCCACUCUACACAUGCAGAGUCCUUGGUUGCUUCGUUUGGAGUUAGACCGUGCCAAGAUGCUUGACAAGCAGUUGACUAUGAGCCAAGUCGCCGAGAAGAUUACUGCCGCGUUUGGUGGUGACCUGUUCGUGAUGUGGAGUGAAGACAAUGCUGACAAGCUUGUUAUUCGUUGUAGGGUUAUUCGUGACCCCAAGGCUCUUGAAGAGGAGCCAGACUUGGAGGAAGACCAAAUGGUCAAGUCUAUUGAACAGCACAUGCUCGAGUCGAUCACUUUGCGGGGUGUUCCUGGAAUUUCGCGUGUGUUCAUGAUGGAACAUCGUUUGUCGCAGGUCGACGAGGUUAGCGGUGAUUGGGCUCAGAAAAUGGAGUGGGUACUGGAAACUGAUGGCGUUGAUCUUGCCGAGGUUAUGACCAUUGACGGUGUGGAUCCCUACAGAACGUACUCGAAUUCGUUUGUCGAGAUUCUCGGCGUUUUGGGUAUUGAGGCCACCAGAUCUGCUCUUUAUCGCGAAAUCUACAAGGUUAUUGCUUUCGAUGGUUCGUACGUUAACUACCGCCACAUGGCAUUGUUGGUUGAUGUGAUGACAUCGCGAGGUCAUCUGAUGGCCAUCACUCGUCACGGUAUCAACCGUGCCGAUACUGGUGCCCUUAUGCGAUGCUCUUUCGAGGAGACGGUUGAAAUUCUUCUCGAAGCAGCAGCAGCCGCAGAGCUCGACGACUGUCGCGGCGUUUCGGAGAAUAUCAUGCUUGGUCAGAUCGCUCCUCUUGGCACUGGUGCCUUUGAUGUGUUUGUUGACGAUGUGGCUCUUUCUACAUUGCCAAUGUCCAUGUCUGCCAUGGCUGUUGGCGAGUCUGCUGCCGCCACGGCUGCAGUGUAUGCUUCUGAUGGCUCUGCUACGCCUUAUGAUGGUAUGUCGCCUAUGAUGGACGGUAAGGGUGUCGAUGCUGGUGCUAUGUUCUCGCCGUUGGCUCAGGCAGGCUUCUCAGAGGCGGCUCGUGGAGGUUUCACGGAAUACGGAGGUGGCUUCCAGAGUCCAUUUGGCGCUUCUUCUCCGGAUUAUGCUCCCACCUCGCCGUUCUCGUCGUAUGGCGCCUCUUCGCCCUCGUAUGCUGCAUCUCCGUCGUACAGCCCGUCGUCCCCUGGUUAUGCGCCUACGUCGCCGUCGUACUCUCCUACGUCGCCGUCGUACAGCCCUACUUCGCCGUCGUACUCUCCUACUUCGCCGUCGUACAGCCCCACGUCGCCGUCGUACAGCCCUACAUCGCCGUCGUACUCUCCCACUUCGCCGUCGUACAGCCCUACGUCGCCUUCGUACAGUCCUACUUCGCCGUCGUACAGUCCUACUUCGCCGUCGUACAGCCCUACUUCGCCGUCGUACAGUCCUACAUCGCCGUCGUACUCUCCUACGUCGCCGUCGUACAGCCCGACGUCGCCGUCAUACUCGCCAACGUCGCCUUCGUACAGUCCCACGUCGCCGCAGUAUUCCCCGACGUCUCCAUCGUACUCCCCGACUUCGCCGCAAUACAGGCCGUCGUCUCCUCAGUACUCUCCCGACUCGCCUUCAUACAACCCAUAA